GAGUCAUUAACCGUUUUCUGGUUUCAACAGAUGGUAUCACGGGCUCAGAAGAGUAUUAUUACAUAGUUGGAGAUUGCAGCGGUGACGAUUCUCUUCCAAGAGUUGUAGAACUAUCGUUACCGAAAUUUUUAGAUGAAGCUGAAUGUGGAAAUGCGGAAAUGUGUAGUAUAGUUGCUCCACUUGCAACAUGCCGAUAUCAUAUUGAUUUCGAUAACGAUUAA